AUUUUUAGGUUUUGACUUAAACCAACCCUUGUCCGCCUAAUUAACCUUUUUUUAUUGUCUGACACCAGAUCUCACAGGGACAAACACAGCGACAGUAUCUAAGCAAGGGAUUAGGCUGCAUGUGCUCAGAGGGGUGGUGGGAUUUGGUUAACCAGCCUUAAUGUUGUGGAUGUCUGCAACUCUUGCAUCUCCUGUUACGGCCCUGUUUGCCAUGCCCCUCUCACCUCUGGUUUCUCGCCCCAGGUACGGUCCACAGUGAGCGACUUUGCUGUUUUCCUCACCAUCGUCAUCAUGGUGCUCCUUGACUUUGUGGUUGGGAUCCCAUCACCGAAGCUCCACGUCCCCCAUGCGUUCAAGCCUACCAGAGACGACCGCGGGUGGUUCAUCAACCCCAUAGGACCCAACCCUUGGUGGACGGUGUUGGCUGCGCUCGUCCCAGCUCUGCUCUGCACCAUCUUGAUAUUCAUGGACCAGCAGAUCAGUGCCGUUAUUGUGAACAGGAAGGAGCACAAGCUGAAGAAAGGAUGCGGGUACCACCUGGACCUUUUCAUGGUGGCCGUGAUGCUCGGGGUGUGCUCUGUGAUGGGGCUGCCCUGGUUUGUGGCUGCGACCGUGCUGUCCAUCACCCACGUGAAUAGCCUCAAAGUAGAGUCUGACUGCUCAGCUCCAGGAGAACAACCCAAGUUUCUGGGGAUACGAGAGCAGAGAGUCACCGGCUUGCUGAUCUUUGUGCUCAUGGGCUGCUCCGUCUUCUUCACUUCCGUGUUAAAGUUUAUACCAAUGCCUGUGCUUUAUGGCGUCUUUCUCUACAUGGGUGUGUCGUCGCUCAGAGGAAUUCGGAGACAUGACGAGGAGGCAGUGAUUGACCGGGGAAGAACGAGCAACACUGUCAGUAUUCGCUAUGAGGAGGAGGAGUUGGAAGGCCACCGGACCCUGUACGUGGGUGCGCAGAUGCCGCUGGUUAGGCAGAGCCAGCGGCAUCACCGACGCCACGGCCAGAAGCAUCGGAAAGGGGAACCGGAGAAGGACUCUGCCCCGACGGAGCAGGGCUACCACUGCUCCCCGUCCCAGCGGGUGCAGUUCAUUCUCAGGACCAAGGAGGACGAGCAGCACGUCCCUCACCGCUUAUUCUCCGAGCUGGAUGAGAUCUGUGUAAAAGAGGGCCAAGAUUCCGAGUGGAAGGAAACGGCAAGGUGGCUGAAGUUUGAGGAGGAUGCGGAAGACGGUGGCGAGCGCUGGAGCAAGCCCUACGUUGGCACGCUGUCCUUGCACAGCCUCUCCGAGCUGAGGAGCUGCAUCAGCAACGGGACGGUGCUGCUGGACGUUUGUGCCAACAGCAUCGAAGAGAUUGCAGAUAUGAUCCUGGCCCAGCAAGAACAGUCCACGGAGUUUGACGAGCACAUGCGGGCGCAAGUUCGAGAAGUCCUUUUGAGGAAGCACCACCAUCAGAACGAGAAGACAACCAACCUUCUCCCCGUUGUCUGCUCGUUUGCCGAUGUGAGCAAGAGGCAGUCAGACCUGCACCUCCUCUACAAGCCAGCCCAAACAACCACCCCUUGUCCUUCUCCCACCACUGCCGAAGCUAAAGAUGGGGUGAACCGUGAGAGCAGAGCAAUGGAUUUAAGCAAGGCGGAGCUGCACUUCAUGAAGAAAAUUCCCACCGGGGCUGAAGCAUCCAACGUGCUCGUAGGAGAGCUGGAUUUCCUUCACCAGCCCGUCGUGGCAUUUGUCCGCCUGAGCCCGGCUGUCCUCCUCUCAGGCAUGACGGAAGUUCCCAUCCCAACAAGGUUCCUGUUUGUUUUGCUUGGACCAGAAGGAAAAGGCCAUCAGUACCACGAGAUCGGCAGGUCCAUGGCCACUAUCAUGACGGAUGAGGUUUUCCGUGACGUUGCCUAUAAAGCCAAGAACGGGGCUGACCUCGUGGCUGGCAUCGACGAGUUCCUGGAUCAGGUCACGGUCUUGCCGCCAGGAGAGUGGGAUCCAUCGAUCCGAAUCGAGCCCCCGAAAAACGUCCCUUCGCAGGAAAAAAGGAAGAUGCCAGGAGCUCUUGAUGACAGUGCUUCUCCCAGCACGCUGGAGAAACAUGGUGGCCCUGAACUGCAGCGGACGGGGAGGCUCUUUGGAGGUUUGACCCUGGAUGUGAAGCGGAAAGCCCCGUGGUUCUGGAGCGACUUCCGGGAUGGUCUGAGCCUGCAGUGCCUGGCGUCCUUCCUCUUCCUCUACUGUGCCUGCAUGUCCCCUGUCAUCACCUUUGGGGGACUGCUGGGGGAGGCGACCAAUGGCCACAUAAGUGCCAUGGAGUCGCUGCUGGGCGCAUCCGUGGCCGGCGUGGUGUAUUCCCUCUUUGCCGGCCAACCUCUCACCAUCCUCGGCAGCACCGGACCCGUCCUCGUGUUUGAGAAGAUCCUCUACAAAUUCUGCAAGGAGUACACGCUCUCCUAUCUGUCUCUGCGGGCGUGCAUUGGGCUGUGGACCGCCUUCUUGUGCAUAGUGCUGGUGGCCACCGACGCCAGCUGUUUGGUGUGCUACGUCACCCGCUUCACGGAAGAAGCCUUUGCCUCCCUCAUCUGCAUCAUCUUCAUCUACGAGGCUCUGGAGAAGCUGAGUCACCUGCGAGACACCUACCCUGUGCACACGCACAGCAAGCUGGACUUCCUCACCAGCUACUACUGUAAGUGUGAGGCACCGACCCAUCCCAGCAACGAAACCCUGCGUUUCUGGGCGAGGAACAAGAUCAACGUGUCUGGCAUCGCCUGGGAAAACCUCACGGUGACCGAAUGUCGGUAUUUGCAUGGGGAGUUUCAAGGACCUGCCUGUGGACGCGACGGCCCCUACACGCCUGACGUGUUCUUCUGGUGCUGCAUCCUCUUCUUCGCCACCUUUGCCCUGUCAAGCUUCUUGAAGAAGUUUAAAACCAGCCGCUACUUUCCAACCAGAGUACGGUCCACAGUGAGCGACUUUGCUGUUUUCCUCACCAUUGUCAUCAUGGUGCUCCUUGACUUUGUGGUUGGGAUCCCAUCACCGAAGCUCCACGUCCCCCAUGCGUUCAAGCCUACCAGAGAUGCCCGCGGGUGGUUCAUCAACCCCAUAGGACCCAACCCUUGGUGGACGGUGUUGGCUGCGCUCGUCCCAGCUCUGCUCUGCACCAUCUUGAUAUUCAUGGACCAGCAGAUCAGUGCCGUUAUUGUGAACAGGAAGGAGCACAAGCUGAAGAAAGGAUGCGGGUACCACCUGGACCUUUUCAUGGUGGCCGUGAUGCUCGGGGUGUGCUCUGUGAUGGGGCUGCCCUGGUUUGUGGCUGCGACCGUGCUGUCCAUCACCCACGUGAAUAGCCUCAAAGUAGAGUCUGACUGCUCAGCUCCAGGAGAACAACCCAAGUUUCUGGGGAUACGAGAGCAGAGAGUCACCGGCUUGCUGAUCUUUGUGCUCAUGGGCUGCUCUGUCUUCUUCACUUCCGUGUUAAAGUUUAUACCAAUGCCUGUGCUUUAUGGCGUCUUUCUCUACAUGGGUGUGUCGUCGCUCAGAGGAAUUCGGUUCUUUGAUCGCUUGAAGCUGUUUUGGAUGCCGGCGAAACACCAGCCGGAUUUCAUCUACCUGCGGCACGUGCCCUUGCGAAAGGUGCAUUUCUUCACGGCGAUCCAGCUGAUCUGCCUCGUCCUGCUCUGGACCAUCAAGGUGUCCCGUGCCGCCAUCAUCUUUCCCGUGAUGGUUUUGGCUCUCGUCUUUGUCCGGAAAGCGAUGGAUUUGUGCUUCUCAAAGCGAGAGCUCAGCUUUCUGGAUGACCUUAUGCCAGAAAGGAAGAAGAAGUUGGACGAUGGCAGAAAUGAAGCCGGAGAAGAAGAAGAGGAGUCCAAGAGGGCGAUGGAAGCUGCUGCUGCUGCAAGUUCAGUUCAGCUGAGCGUGGGGAAGACCAGUGACUUGGAUAUCCCAAAGCAACGCAGUGACAGGACUGAUCCUUCUGAGAUUAUUAUCCUGGAUGAAACGUCACAAACACCCGUAUGGAAGGCUCUCACUUUGAAGACAGAAACCCUUUGAAUCCUGGGAGGAAAAAGGUAAAGGAUUGCACAUGAACGUGACCGUGCUCCUCUGCAAGCGAUGGCGCACGCCUACGCUUUUCCCAUGCUUUGGCCGGCAAGGCUGAGCA